CAGUGUAGUAGUUUGAAAGUUUGCAGCUAGGCAAGAAGUAGGGAAUACGAUGAGCGGUUUCUAUUUUUUUCAAUCUCGAGCUAAAGUGCAAUUAGUAUGUGCAUUUUUUAUUGUUCUCUCGAUUGUUCUCUUAUUGGUACAUCAGACGAAAAAAGUCUACCAGGAUGAACUAGUGGACCGAACCGAAAAGCUCCAGCAGUUGGUCUCGCGAGAAAUUCGAUUGUUGCAUCAAAGUGGCAAAAAGUACAACCUGAUGGAAGAAUCUGACGGACAAUCGAUUUUCGACAAUAACGCCGAAUGCACAUUAGAUUACAUGAACACCAAUAAAAUACCACAGGAUCAUCCUUGCGUGAUUGAAACUAUCCGAAAAAAUUACCUGAACAAGCCUUCACCACCUGAUGUUCCUCUCAAGCUGGAUAAGGAGGGCGAUCACGAUCGUUCACCAGGACAGACUGGAGUGAUAUUCCGGCUAUUAAAAAACCAAACGAAAGGAUUUUUUGUGGAAUGUGGCGCUUUGAAUGGUGAAUUCAUGUCGAACACGAUCGACCUGGAGCGCAAAUACAAUUGGGGAGGAAUUUUGAUUGAAGCCAAUCCAGAAACUUUCAAGAAGCUUAUCUCACAUAAUCGUAAAGCGUGGACCUUACCUGUCUGUCUUAGCUUGGAACCUUUUCCUACACAGGUGACUUUUCAGAUGAAAGUUGGCGAUCCUGGCCACAGCCACAUCGAAGGUGCAGCCAAAACGUUGCAGAAACCUGGAAUUCCCGGUGUAGAUCCUGAUUUAGUAACAGUCCAGUGCUUUCCGUUUUAUUCCAUUCUGCUGGCAGUUGGACGAACGCAGGUGGAUUUUUUCAGCCUCGACGUCGAAGGCCAUGAACUGAAGAUUCUCAAGACAAUACCGUGGCAUAAAGUUGAUAUUAAGUCAUUGACGGUUGAAUGGGACCAUAUACCGGAAGGGCAGGAAGCCUUAAUCCGCUUCAUGGAGGGGAGCGGUUUCAUCAAGAUCGGAGCAUUUGAUUUUCUAUGGAGUAGAGACGUCAUCUUUAUUAAAGAUUUAAUUAAUACUCAUUAAUUGCCCUAAUUGUAAACUUGUUUU